AUUAAAGCAUCAAAGGGCUCAUAGAAAGCUGAGGUGAAAUGGCCGACGCAGCUAUUCCCACAGUUGACCUCACCCCUUUCUUCACAGAUGGUGAUGAAGAUGGAAAAAAGAAGGCUAAAGAAGUAAUUAGCCAAGCAUGCUCCGAAUAUGGCUUCUUCCAAGUUGUCAACCACGGAGUACCCCUGGCUCUGAUGAACCAGGCCAUGGAGCUCUCUAAGACCUUUUUCGCGUACCCAGAUGAAGAGAAGCUCAAGUGUACUAGGAAUUCCGCCGGUGCGCCGAUCCCCGGCGGUUACAACAUACAGCCGGGACGAUCGCCGGACAAGAACGAGUAUGUGGUGGUAUUUCCGGCUGGGUCCAGCUUCAAUGUCUUCCCCACUAAUCCACCUAAAUUCCAGGAAAUAUUCGAAGAGAUGUUCACCUACUUCACGAAGGUAGGUCAGCUUAUGGAGAGCAUUUUUAGUGAAUGCUUAGGUCUCCCUCCCAACUUCCUCAAAGAAUACAAUGAAGAUCGAAGCUGGGAUUUAAUGGUGGCCUUGCAUUACUUUGCAGCAACUGAAAAUGAAAACACUGGUGUAUCCGAACACGAAGAUCAAAAUCUCAUCACCUUUGUGUUACAGGAUGAAAUAGGAGGCCUUGAAGUUCGAAAAGAUGGGCAAUGGAUUCCUGUGAUUCCAACUAAAGGCACUUUUGUUGUCAAUGUCGGCGAUGUUAUUCAGGUUUUGAGCAACAACAAAUUCAAGAGUGCGACACACAGAGUGGUGAGAUCAAAGGGAAAAAAACGUCACUCAUUUGCCUUCUUCCACAACUUACAGGGAGACAAGUGGGUUGAACCACUGUCACAAUUCACUACAGACAUUGGAGAGCCACCAAGGUACAGGGGAUUCCUGUACAAGGAUUACCAAGCUCUGAGGAGGAAAAACAAGACCCACCCACCAUCGCGACCCGAAGAUGCGAUCCGCAUUACCCAUUAUGCCAUUUCUACCUAGCAAAGAAGAAACUUGUCAAUCAAAUAAGGCUUUAUUCUUGAUUAAGAGAAAUAAAGAGCUCAUGAAUGUGUCUCAUUUCUUGCUGUCAUGUUAUGGAUUGAAGGUGUAUCUACGAUGCAUCAAGUAUAGUUCCUCUAAGCAAUAUGGUUUUUGUGGUUAAUGAGGUUAUUUGCGAUGUGUUCUUGUUUUCCCCGUUUCUGUGCUGAUGGAGGAGCUGUUGUUCUGGUUUUUUCUAUGCUUUCCCUGCUUGUGGUGUUUGCUGGUUCAGUGAUUUCAGUCUUGCUCUGUUCAUGUUUCUGUUUUGGAGGAUUGCUUGAUAUGUUUCCUCUUCUUCCUUGGC